CAAGGCUGCAGUGUCUGCUGCUGCUCUCCGAGCUUCGCAAUGCCGCCCAAGGAUGGCAAGAAGAAGGACGCUGGAAAGUCGGCCAAGAAAGACAAAGACCCAGUUAACAAAUCCGGGGGCAAGGACAAAAAGAAGUGGUCCAAAGGCAAAGUUCGGGACAAGCUCAAUAACUUAGUCUUGUUUGACAAAGCUACCUAUGACAAACUCUGUAAGGAAGUUCCCAGUUAUAAACUUAUAAUCCCUGCUGUGGUCUCUGAGAGACUGAAGAUUCUAGGCUCCCUGGCCAGAGCAGCCCUUCAGGAGCUCCUUAGUAAAGGACUUAUCAAACUGGUUUCAAAGCACAGAGCUCAAAUAAUUUACACCAGAAAUACCAAGGGCAGAGAUGGUCCAGCUGCUGGUGAAGAUGCAUGAAUAGGUCCAACCAACUGUACAUUUGGAAAAAUAAAACUUUAUUAAAUAAAAAAAAAAAGAAGAAA